AUGGACAAGAAAUGGGUAUUUCUUGAUCGAAGAAGCGAUGAAUAUAUUUCAGGGCUACAGGCAUUUAUCAAUCGUUCACUCGAAAUUUCUCCUUUUGUAGAUAAGAUCAAAUGCCCUUGUAAGGAAUGUAAGAAUCGGUAUUAUAAAACUGCAAUGGUGGUAGCGGAACAUAUGCGUGAUAUCGGCAUGUGGAAUAGAUAUGUAAAUAUGCCUUGGCAGUCACAUGGUGAGCAAUUACCCCAUUCAUCUACUCCCGAUAUGGCCGGUCCCUCAGGCACACACCAUCCUAUGCCCGACCAUGAUAUGCCCGAUAUGUUGGAGGAUGCAUUUGGGAUUCAUAGUGAUAACAAUAUGCCGGAAUCUUCGACACAACCAAUUGAUGAUCAUGACUCUGGUCCAACCCCGGAUGCAAGAAAAUUCUAUGAGCUACUUAAAGAUGCUGACACUGAUUUGUUUCCCGGUGCACGAAUUAAGAAGCUUGAUUUUAUUGUCAGGUUGUACAAGAUUAAGUGUUUACACAACAAUAGUGAUGUAUCUUUUUCUGAAACACUGGAUCUAUUGAAGGAAUCAUUUCCUGAGGGUGAAACUCUUCCCGAUAGUUUCUAUAAGACAAAGAAAAUGAUUAAGGACAUUGGAUUGUCAUAUGAGAAGAUUGAUGCAUGCCCCAAUGAUUGUAUGUUAUAUUGGAAAGAGCAUAAAAAUGAUGAGUGUUGUAAUGUUUGUGGAAUUAGCCGAUGGAAACAAAAUAAGUUGGGCAAUGAUGCAAUUGUGCGGGGAAAAAAAAAACCCACCAAAAUUCUACGUUAUUUUCCAUUGGGUCCUAGAUUGCAACGUUUAUACAUGUCUCGUCAUACUGCAGAGUCAAUGGCAUGGCAUUCUGAUAAAAGGCCUAAAGAUGGGCAGCUCCGACAUCCAGCUGAUUCUCCAGCAUGGGCGAAAUUGGAUGACAAAUAUCCAAAUUUCGGACAUGAGUAUCGUAAUGUUCGGUUGGGGUUGGCUAGUGAUGGUUUCAACCCUUUUGGAAUUAUGAGCUCUUCUCACAGUACAUGGCCUGUUGUGUUGUCUGUUUAUAAUUUACCUCCAUGGUUGUGCAUGAAGCAACCUUACCUGAUCUUAUCCUUGCUCAUUCCGGGUCCAAAAGGACCGGGUAAUAAUAUAGAUGUGUACUUGCAACCAUUAGUGGAAGAGUUAAAGAUGUUAUGGACAGAAGGGCUUCAAACAUAUGAUGCAUUUAAUAAAGAGGUAUUUACCAUGCGAGCUGCUGUGCUUUGGACAAUCAAUGACUUUCCUGCUUAUGCCAUGUUAUCAGGAUAUAGUACAAAAGGUAAAAAAGCUUGUCCGGUGUGUGCUGAAGAUACAGAGUCCAUUAGAUUGCAAAAUGGAAAAAAGGAAUCAUUUAUGGGGCAUCGUAGGUGGUUGCCUAAUGAUCAUUACUAUCGUGGAUGGAGAAACAACUUCAAUGGUUUUCCUGAACGAAGGACAAGACCAAAACCGAAGACAGGUUCUGAAAUUCUACGGUCAUUGCAUGGUUUGAAAGUUCAAUUUGGAAAAGGGAAUAACAAGAAGAACAAGCCUCGCAAACGCAAACGAGCAACUCAAGAUCCCCCUGAGCUGGAUUAUGGUAAUUGGAGGAAGAAAAGUAUAUUUUUCGAAUUGCCUUACUGGGAGCAUUUGUUGUUACGUCAUAAUUUGGAUGUCAUGCACAUUGAGAAAAAUGUAACAGACAGUGUAGUUGGUACAUUACUUGGGAUAGAAGGGAAAAACAAAGACAGUGUGAAUGCUCGAAAAGACAUGGUUCUUCUCAAUGUCAAGCAUGGUCUUCAUCCUACGGAAGGAAGCAAUGGACUAAAAUAUCCUCCAGCUAGCUUUAAUUUGUUAAAUGGGGAGAAAACUACAAUGUGUGAGGUACUUUCUGAUGUUCAACCACCAGAUGGGUGGUCAUCUAAUAUUAAAAAUUGUGUACGUGUCGAGGAAAGAAAACUUGUUGGUUUGAAGAGUCAUGAUUGUCAUAUAUUGAUGCAACACCUACUUCCAAUUGCCAUUCGGCGGCCCAUUAGAUCCAAGAAGUUGAUUAAGGUGUUGCUAGAAUUGAAAAUUGUGUACCAAAGUUGUGUACCAAAGUUGGUUCAGCAAAGCAUUUUGAAAAUUUGGACAAUCUGUUUACCUUAA